AUGAAUCUCUAUCGAUUUCUCAUACCUCUAUUUUUAGCCUACUCUUGCAGAGCAGGGCCUGUUGUGCUCCUUGCCGGUGAAGUGAUUGGCUCAGUCGCUGGUGAGGCAGCUGCCGGUGCUGUCGCAGGAGGUAGUAUAGCGGGGGCAUUUGGUGUCGGAGCGAGUGCCGUCUGGUACGGAGACUUUGUCGUAAUCAAUGGUGCGUUGUAUUAUGGGUCUGCGGUAGCAGGUGUCGGUGUACUCGGAGUCGCUGGCGGGGCGGCGGGAGGAGCUGUGGUGGCGGUCUCAGACAAGAAAAAGAGCAAGUCAAUCAUGGCUUCGAUCAAGUCCGCUUCAAAAGCGUCAGCUUCUGCUUCAAAAGCAUCGGCAUCGGCACAUAAGACUGCCACACAUGCACCUUUGCAGAGUGAAGCUAGAAAGACCACCAAGGCUCCAGCGCCACCAGCGGCGACACCAGCACCAGCGGCCACAUCGGGAAUACCACCACCUCCAGCUACACCCGUGUCGAGCCUCCCUCCAGCAUCGCGACCAAGUGAGGUUCCUGCGGGCGUUCCGGAGUACAAUUUUCGCAUGUGUCAGUACGACAUCAUAAAGAUGGGACAGAAUAAGCAGGCUCUUCUCUUCGACCAACCCCAGCCGCGAAGCAUAAGAGUGGACAACAUUCCCCCGACUUGUAUGGUCCUGUCAACCGUGAUGCUUGGAAAUCCGGAGCUUGGUCCUCAUCCUGUUCCCAUGGGUUCAGCUAGUCUCCAGUGGAAUGACAUUGACCCAAAGACCAUAAACCUCAUACGCCAAGCCUUUGAUGUGCCACCCCAAUGA